UAGCCGUCCUCGUCAGACAGGUACCCAUUCAUUCACCACAGGUAAGAACCGUUGGUAAGUAUGUGAUUAGUCAGUUCCCGCUUUCUAUUCAUCGAGAAUAUCGAAUUUACGACCAACGCGUUCAGUUUUCUACCAUCUGGAGGCGAAACGAGACGCAAAAUGUGACGCGAAAUGGGACAAAUUAUCUUCGUUUGGUUUAUUUUGCUCAAACUUGCAACGUCUCUGGAAUUGAAAAGUUAUGUUUCGGACCAUGGGCUGCACGGCACCAUCACGUUCAGGAAAAUCGGCCCCGAAAUCAAAAUUAUCACCGAUUUGAACGCGACUUUGGAGUACCCUAACCAGGUGUGGUCGUGGGCUGUGGUGGAGUUCCCAGUGGAUUACUCCGAACUGGAGAAUCGGUGUUGGGAGAGCAAACUGGGCAGGGAAUUGGUCAAUUUGGACACCAUCUACGGCCCUUUGGUACUCCCCGAUAACGGCACCAGUGAGUUUAGUACCCAGGAGUUGCAAAUCAACGGAGAUGUGGGCAUUUAUGGCAAAUCUCUCCUCUUCAAAGACCCAGAGACCAACACCAGGAUCUGCGCAACCAUCACCAUGGUGGACAAAGCGCAGGAGAAGAUCGCAGUAGCGCGGUUCAACUCGCCCAUCGCUGGGAGCAUCCACUUCAGGUGGUUCUCCACCAAGGACAACCACAACGACAUGGUGGUAACCACCGACUUGUACCACGUCUCCAACAAGGAGAACCACAGCCAAAGUCUGGACUUCACCGAGCAUUUGUGGAAGAUUUACGCCACUGAUAUCCUAGACAGUGACAAGGAGCGACCCGACUGCAACUUCCUGCAGCUGGUCUUCGACCCGGACAACACCGGGGACCAAGCCCUGGGCGAUUUGGACUCAAGACUGGGCAAAAUCAAGAUCUCCACCGACUACAAGCGCAAAAAAUUCAAGACUUUGUUCACCGACCAGCGCCUCAUCCUCCUCCCGAGCGACCUCCAGGGGCCCCAAAGGAGCCUCUACCUGGUGAUCUUCGAGCGCAAACACCCCGACAGCUUCCUGGCCUGCGCCAAAAUUAGAUACGAGCGCCCAAUCAAUGCCAAGGUUAUAAUACAGUCCGGGGGGAUCAAAGGGGAGGUCAGGAUGACGCAGUUUAGCAAAUUCGAGCCCACUUUCGUCAAUUUUGACUUGACCACGGCCAGGGGCGACUUGGAGACGCGUCUGGUGUACAGCUCGUCCGUCGCUGGAUACAAAAUACACGAAUUGCCAGUUAAACCGUCCAUAACGCUGGGUCAGAACGAGAACUCGUGUCUCACAACGAAAUUUGUCUACAACCCGGUUAAAAUCGACCCCAAUGUGGCACCGCCAAGUGGGCUGGGGACCCAGAACCAGUACCUGGUGGGCGACUUGUCGGGGAAACUGCAAGGGAGGAACAACCAAACGGCGUUGGUGCCCACGGGGCACGAACUCAGCGGCCUCUACUGGGACACGCUCCUCCCGCUCCAGGGGAAGUUCUCCAUAAUACACCGCACGCUAGUUAUUUACAAAAACACGCAGUACCCCAAAGGCGAGAUCCUCUCCGAGCCUUGGAUCUGCGGCGGAAUCGCGCUCUACGAGCCCAACUUCCGGUACCAAAAGCCCAUUUUCACGGCCGAGGUGAUCUUCCGGUACCCCACCGUGGGGCGCGUUUUGAUGCGACAGGUGCGGGACGAACCUUGGAGCGACACCAGCAUCCUGGUGGAGUACCUGGUGCAUGCCGACGGUGCCGCUUUGAACAACUCAAAGGACCAUCGAUGGGCCAUCCAUGAGGAGCCCCCCGGCAAGGACUUCUACAGCUGGAAGGAGCGCUGUCUCAGCUCGGGUCAAAUCUACAACCCCUAUAAAAUCGACGCUUUGGACGCGUGUACUGGGGGUCUGUGCCGAGUUGGGGAUCUGACAGCCAGACUUGGGACUGUUGAAAUUUCGGGCAAGAUUGCAGACAGUGACAGGGUCUCGCGCACGAUGUGGACUGACCCUUUUGUGCCCUUGACGGGCCAGUUCAGCGUUUUGGGCAAAUCGCUGGUAGUUUACGACGAUUUCGGGCCGAAGGCACGAGGCGAACGCUUGGCGUGCUCCAUUAUUGGGGGAGUUUAUAGAUGCAAAGCUGUGGUCAAGGAUUGGUUCCCGAACGGAGUACCGAUCUCAGUGAAGGGCAAAAUCGAGUUUUACCAACAGACCGAGUACGACAUUACCAACGUUGAAGUAAAUUUGCAAGGUUUGAGCGACAACAGUGGGUACCACAUCCAUAUUACUCCAGUUGAGGAGAAUUUGGAGUUUCCGUGCGAGGCAUCAAGUCUUUACGACCAUUGGAACCCUCUGAAUGUGGACCCAGCGUCGUCCCCGCGCACCUACCAUGGUACCCCCGACCAGUACGAGAUGGGCGACCUGAGCGGCAAAUUCGGCACUCUGGACAACCAAACCUACUACAAAACCGACUACAACGACACCAUGCUCCCAUUAUUCGGCCCCAAAAGCAUAGUUGGACGUUCCAUAAUCAUCCAUAAAAAGGACACGUCCAGAUGGGCUUGCGCGACCAUUGAGCGUGGCUAUAGCCCAUCGGAAGCCCGGGAACUGCGCGCAAUUGCCUCGUUCCACCACCCAGAUGGGUACGCUUAUGGAUAUUUAAAAAUGAAACAACUAAUUUACAAUGACGGUAGCAAGAGUGACACCACGAUCGAAGUCAAACUGCGGCAUCCUGGGAAAAACGACCGGAAUGUGACCAGGGACCAUGACUGGGCCAUUUACGUGAACCCAGUGGGCGUGGACGCGGCCGUCAAGACCCAGAACACGCGGUGUGUGGCCGGGGGCUACAUCUGGAACCCCUAUUUCACCCAACUGGCCGACCCCCUCAAUGGUGAUCUUUAUCGGCAAGAGUGCGGGCCUGAGAACCCGCUCAGGUGCCACGUGGGGGACCUGUCGGCCCGUUUGGGGACCAUCGACAUCGGGCUCCAGCGCAAAGUCUUCACCGAUGCGAAUUUCCCGCUCGAAGGCGACGUCACGGCAAUCGGGCGCUCCAUCGUCAUCAUGAGCCCCAACAGACGUCCCGAACGUUACGCCUGUGCCAAUAUCGAGCCCGACUAUGACAUAAUCAAGUACGCAAACAUCGAAAAGCCCCCACGUUUUGUCCUGUCGCAGUUUAUCGAAGAAGUGCGCGAAAUUCUGGGAAUCCCCGACUGGUUUUUGACCGUAGAUUCGCGCAAAACCAAGUCUUUGCACAGCGACGCUUGCGUCCAGCUUUUGCUGCAUUUUAAAGGACCGCUAGCUAACCGAUUAGAGCAGGAUUUCAGCCGAUUGCUGGCAAGUGGGCGUUUAGACACCCCCACAUUGUACAUUCCAGGGUUUAUUAAUACGAAACGUAAGGUGAAAAUUGCGUACAAGCAGUGUGGAGUACAAGACCCCAACGAGAAGAGUAAAAAACGGACCGGAUUUUUCUUUGCACGCUCAGGAAGCAACCCAGCCAAAUUUGCUCACAGUCUGAUUGUAGUGAUAGUUUUAAGCUAUUUAUUGUAAUGAUAUGACUGUUCCUAAUAAAAAAGUAAUAUAUUA